AUGGAAAACCAAACCAAUGUGAAUGAAUUUAUUCUUGUGGGACUUUCUAAUUACCCGGAACUUCAAUUUUUCCUCUUCCUGGUGUUUUUAAUUAUUUACCUAAUCACUCUGGUAGGGAACAUGAUAAUUAUGCUGGUGAUAAGGGCUGAUCCUCACCUCCACACCCCCAUGUACUUCUUUCUGUCUCAUUUGUCCUUUGUUGAUAUCUGUUAUUCCUCAGCCAUUGUCCCUAAGAUGUUGGUGAAUUUCCUAGCAAAGCACAAAACCAUUUCUGUCAAUGGCUGCCUUGCCCAGAUGUUCUUCAUCCUCCUCUCAGCUGGUACUGAAGUUUUUGUGCUCUCGGCAAUGGCUUAUGACCGAUACACUGCCAUAUGUCACCCAUUGCAUUAUGUGGGGACCAUGAACAAACGAGUGAGCAGACAGUUGGUGGGUAGUUCCUGGAUAAUGGGGCUCUUGUAUUCACUGGUUAACACUGUCCCUGUGUUAAAGUUACACUUCUGUGGGCCCAAUGAAAUCAGGCAUUUCAGCUGUGAGCUCCCUCCGCUAUUACAACUGUCUUGUACUGGGACCUUCAUCAAUAAAAUAGCUCUUCUUUCUUCUGCUGUGAUAUUUGGUUUCAGCUCCUUCCUCUUCACCCUGGUCUCCUACAUUCACAUAAUCUCUACUAUACUCCGAAUACGCUCCACAGAGGGAAGACGUAAAGCCUUCUCUACAUGCAGUUCCCACCUCAUUGUGGUGGUUUUAUUGUUUGUGACAGCUCUUUGCCAGUACAUGAAACCCAGCUCAGUUGCUUCCCUGUUUCUAGAUGAACUCUUCUCUAUCCAGUACAGCAUCUUGACCCCGAUGUUGAACCCCAUCAUCUACAGCUUGAAAAGUAAAGAUGUGAAAACUGCUCUGACAAGAACACUAGGGAAAAUUCAAGUUUCUCAUGCAAUGUAA